AUGUUCGAACUUGGCUACAGUAACAUUCGUGACCAGCAGGUUGCUAAGUGUGGCCCAUGCACGAAUGCUCAGGUUUGCGAGGAGCUAUGUCAUAAUUGCGGUCAUUACCGUGCCAUUGACCAGUUUGCCAGAAACCAACGGAAUCGCGAGAACCCGAUCUGCCAGCCCUGCAUGAACUACCAGAUGUCCCUCGAUCCUGUCGAUUCUGUCGAUAAACCUCUUGCAAUAACGGACAAAGUUGUCGUUGAGGAUAAGGGAGAGGACGAGGAAGAGGAGCUCAACUCUGAAUCUGCGGGUCGGUCUGGGUCUGUGGGACACGCUGAGUCCGUCGAUCUCUUUAGCUCUCAGAGUCAGCCGGAGAGCCUGGAGCAGGUCAUCGAGACAGCUCUUGUUCUGCACGAUGAUUCCACGGAUAGUGACAGUAGUGGGAACCGGAGCGGCUUUGCAAGAGUCAAGGUGGGUGACUUCAUUCCAACAGAACUUCUAUCGCUCUGA